GCCCAGAGAGAGCUGUUGGGUGGAGUAGAAGAAGGUGGGAAACGGUGCCAGCCAACAGCCUGCUUGAGAUAUGGAUCCAAUACGAGAGUAGAUCCACAUUGACCCAAAUUCAAGGUCUUCAUCAGGGACGAAAAAUCAAGAACGGCAGUGUUGGCUGCUAUAGUUUUUUUUAGUUUGGGGCGUUCUUGGCCUCACUACUUUGACUCCUUCAAACAUGGACACUCAACCGCCAAGGGUCAUGAAGGAUGACUCCGAGACAAAGAAAGAAGUAGGAAAAGCACAGCUGAAAUUGAUAACCUCAACAACGGCUCAAUCCCAUGAAGUGUCCCUGAAAGCUGUUUCGGUGCUGCUGUGGAUGCAGAGCUAGCCAAAGCCAUAAUGGCUCGCUGUUUCCACCCCUCCAUCAUGGGCCCGGAGGCCUGGGAGGGAUACGUCUUUUCUGAUCUGGAAAUCCGUAUCAAAGAGUCUACAGACCUCUAUGGAGCUGUACUCUGGCCCUCGGCAAUGGUGUUGUGUCAUUUCUUAGAGACAAACCGAGACAAACACAACCUUACGGACAAGAAUGUGAUUGAACUGGGUGCUGGAACUGGGCUUGUCUCCGUUGUAUCCAGCCUGUUGGGUGCCAAAGUGACCUCCACUGACCUGCCAGAUGUUUUGGGGAACCUCCAGUACAAUGUAAUGCGCAACACCAGGGGACGAUGCAAGUACAUCCCUCUGGUCACAGAGCUCAUCUGGGGUCCGGAGGUGGAGCAGCGUUUCCCCCAUGCCACACAUUGUUUCGACUACAUCCUGGCAGCUGAUGUGGUGUACUCCCAUCCUUACCUGGAGGAGCUAAUGGACACAUUUGACUACCUUUGCCAGGAAAACACACAGAUCCUGUGGGCCAUGCGCUUUCGUCUGGACCCAGAGAACAGCUUCGUUGACCGCUUUCGGCAACGCUUCCACGUGGAGGAGCUGUACGACCUCCCCAGUCUGAGUAUCAAACUGUACAGAGCCUGGAGGAAGGACAAUAGGACUAAAGACCAGGGACAGGCUGCUGCCUGAACUGUUAACACAAUGUAUAGUCAUUGUGUGUUUAUGUGUGUUUCUUUGACUGCAGAAUUGGGUAAAAUGUAUAAAUUGUGUUACUGAAUAGGAAUAGUUUAUUUAUUCUGUAAUGUCAAGUGUUUUCAUGGAUCUCUUGUGCAAAUGUCUAAAUGUCUGUUUUACAUCAAGACUUUAUAAUAUU